AGCAAAUGGGACGCACAUCUGUCAAGCUUGAAUGCUUUCACUGAAUAUCAAUGCAAACACCAUCCAGUAGAUAGUUUCAUUCGCAAUCUUAACAUUUUCUGCUUGUAAAAAAACAAUUUUAAUUUUAUUCGAAGUCAAACAACAAAGACAUUCUACGAAAACAACCAUGAGUCCCUUCUGGAGGCAUCUUUGUCUCCUCAUUGUCGUGAUACUUCUUGUGCUUGACGCCGAAGGCAGACCGCGCAGAGGUCUUAAACACAAAGCAAGGAAAGUAAAACACAAGGAAGCAGAGACGAAAGAGGAAAUUGGCAGCGACGAUAAUAAUGACGAUGCGCAGGAUGCUCCUCCACAAAAUGCUCCCGCACAAGCACCAGUGAACAUUGCGAGCCACUCAGGAGCAAUGGCUGCUGCCAGCAACUUGCACACUGCCUUAACAGAAAGUAUUGGUAAGCUCAGCGUUGCCAGUCAUCAAAUGAAUUCGGCAUUGCGAAAUGCAGCGUCAUUUGGCGUCGGACCUCUAGGUGACAGUGUGGCACCUGCAAUCCAACAGUAUGGCCCACCUCUUCACUGCCCUGCACCAUGCCCGCAAACAUGCGCUGCUCAAGGAUGCAGCCCAAGCUGCUGCAUGCAAAACCUCCCGAUGCCACCACCAAUGCCACAACAAAUGCCUUGUAUGCCUCCGGGAUGCCAGCCACCAAUGCCUCCACAAAUGCCUCCACAGAUGCCUAUGCAGAUGCCUCCGCAGAUGCCUAUGCAAAUGCCUCCACAGAUGCCUAUGCAAAUGCCAAUGCAGAUGCCAAUGCAAAUGCCUUGCACUCCACCAGCAUGUCCCAUGCAAAUGGCUCCACCACAACAACCACAGAUGCUCUCUGUCACCUUCAGUAAGCCUCAAAUCUCAUUUUUGCCUCAAGCAGCCCCUCCACCUCCUCCCCCACAGGCAUGUCCACAACAAUGCAGACAAGAGUGUGCCCCUCAGUGUCCACACAGCUGCUGUGGCCCAGCUCCACCCCAACAGGUGAUGAUGAACCAGUGCCCACAGAUCUGUGCCCAGCAAUGUGCACCCCAAUGCUCGCACUCUUGCUGUGGUCCCAUGGGUCAACCUCCUCCAAUGCAGAUGCCUAUGAUGCCUCCUCAGCCCAUGAUGCAAAUGCCAAUGCCUCAACCUAUGCCUCAACCUAUGCCUCAACCAAUGCCUCAACCAAUGCCUCAGCCUAUGCCUAUGCCACAACAACCACCAACGAUGCCACAACAACCAGGACAGUGCCCACCAGUUUGCCAGCAAUCAUGUGCCCCAGUUUGCCCGCGUUUCUGCUGCGGGCCUGGUGGCAAAUAAACUAAGAUACUUGCUCCCUAGUAAUCGAACUUUCUAUUAGAAGCGACUGAUGGUGAAUUGAGAAAUGUUUUGUAUUUAGCAAACGAAAGCAAUCAACAAUAUGUUUAUAUAGUUAUGUAAUUAGCUUUUGUUAUAUUACCGAUCAAGGUAUAUGUAUAUUUUUGUAUCAAUACAUAUUCGAACUUCAA